AUGGCCAGCGCGGUGCGGGCCCUGUUCGGCUGCUGCUUGGGCCGCGGCCGCAAAGCGCCUGUGCCGUCCGCGGGCGAGACCACCGAAGAGACGCCGCUCCUCGGCGAGAAUUCCGGUGCGCCGCAGUCGGAGCUGGACCCGAUCCUCUUUCCGGCGCAGCAGAUUGAUGCGAUCCUGCGUGGGCUGAACAGUGAUAUGUUGCCUGUCGAUGCGAAUGCCAAGACGGCACCCGCGCUGACUGCGCCGAGCGAGAGCGAGACGCAGCCCCAGCUCGUCACCGUCCAGGACCAUGCGCUGGACUCUGCGCCGGGCACGACGCGGCGGCACGCGUUCGACGCGGCGGAGCCUGCGUCGCACCGCGCGCCGUUCGUCUUGCUGUCGCGCUUCGAGGAUGGCGAGGCGGUCGCCGAGGCGACGCGCACGGCUGUGGAGCAGAGACAAGGGCCCAUGUCGGUGGUAUGGAACGAGCGCGCGCCGGCGCUCGAGUAG